CGCGUGUGGAGGUAGCAGACGCCCGGCGUGGAGGAGCAGUGCAAAGGAACCCAGGCCACUGAGGACAUGAGUUCGGACACCGAAGCCAGCGAGGGCGUCCCGUGCGCCGCCGCUGCUGCUGCCGUUCUUGUACGCAGCGAACCACUCCCAGACGCCACGGUGACGGUAGAGGGCUAUGACUUCAAUGAGGGUGUCGACUACCACAAGCUACUGCGAUCCUAUGCUACAUCUGGGUUUCAAGCCACAAACUUCGGCUUGGCAGUCGAUGAGAUCAAUAAGAUGCUGGCCGCCCGUGACCAGCCGGCCGCCGAGGACGACCGCCUCUGCGACGACGAGUUCACGCGGCGCCGCUCGGCCUGCACGCUCUUCCUCGGCUUCACGUCCAACAUGUCCUCGUCCGGCGUCCGCGAUACCAUCCGCUUCCUGGUGCAGCACAGGAUGGUGGACUGUGUGGUGACCACGGCCGGCGGCGUGGAGGAGGACCUGAUCAAGUGCCUGGCAGAUACCUAUGUGGGUGCCUUCGACUUAAAAGGCGAGGGGCUCCGCAAGCGCGGCAUAAACCGGAUAGGCAAUCUCCUAGUACCCAACGACAACUACUGCAAAUUUGAAACGUGGGUCAUGCCAAUACUGGACAAACUGUUGGAAGAACAAAGCGAAAAGGGCACGCUGUGGUCGCCGUCGCGCAUCAUCGAGCGGCUGGGCCGGGAGAUCGGCGACACCCGCUCCGUGCUGUACUGGGCCGCCAAGAACAGCAUCCCCGUGUUCAGUCCGGCCCUCACCGACGGCAGCCUCGGGGACAUGAUGUUCUUCCACUCGUACAAGCGGCCCGGCCUCGUGGUCGACAUCCUCUCGGACCUGCGUCGUCUCAACUCGAUGGCGAUGAAGGCCCAGAGCACGGGCAUGAUCAUCAUCGGCGGCGGUCUGGUCAAACACCACAUCUGCAACGCCAACCUCAUGAGAAACGGCGCCGACUUCUCCGUGUUCGUGAACACGGCCAGCGAGUUUGACGGCAGCGACGCGGGCGCCAGGCCCGACGAGGCCGUCUCGUGGGGCAAAAUCCGCGUGGACGCCCGGCCUGUCAAGGUGUACGCCGAGGCGUCUCUCGUGUUCCCACUACUCGUGGCGGAAACGUUCGCUCGCCACCACUUUAGCAAGGCGCCGUCCAAGUCGACGUAG